GUCUUGCAGAAAAGGGUUCGGGUGGAAGCAGGGCCGAAAAACAGAAGGGAAGGAAGUUGUUGGAGCAUUAGAGAGGCAGACGCAAUCACAGGUGUGAAGGACACUAGACAUUGGACGGUAGACACUAGGCGCUUUAGCAGAGAGGAUGGAGAGCUGGUCGAAUUCGUCGGUGUCGUCGACGCCAUUGACGAGACAGUCGUCGGACUUUUCGUUGCAUAUCGAGGACGACGCCUCUCCGGUGCUGGAAAGGGCGAUCCAGAACGUGGACCUGAUUUUGUCGAACCAGACCAAGGCGCUCUCAUACGUGACGGGCCAGUAUCGGACGUCGCCGUGGGCGGUGGCGCAGAUGAAGACGUCGCUGCGGGUGUUGAACAACGCGUUGAAGGUGGGUGGCAAAGUGGUGGUGUCCGGGAUGGGGAAGUCGUACAAGAUCGCCAGCAAGACGGUGGCGACGCUGAACUCGCUGCGGAUGCACUCGGCGCUUCUCCAUCCGUCGGAGGCGUUGCACGGGGACCUAGGCAUGAUCCGGGAGGACCACAACGACGCGGUGGUGAUCAUUUCUGCGUCGGGGAACUCGCCCGAGUUGCUGCAGAUGCUCGAGUACGUGCCGCUGAGCGUGCCGAUCGUGCUCCUGACGUGCAGCAAGGCCUCGGUGCUUGCCAAGCACCCGAAGGUGGUGUCGCUGCUGCUGGCGGAGGUCCCGACAAGCCUCUCGGAGACAAGCUUGUACGGCCUCAGCGCCCCGACGAUCACGACGACGGUGUGCUUGACGCUGCUGGACGCCGUCGCCGUCGCCCUCAGCGAGCUGCACAUCCACGACUACAGCGUGCGCAAGGCUGUGUUCAGCGUCCACCACCCCGGCGGUGCGAUCGGGAUCAACCACCAGCUCGAGAAGUUGCAGAACAAGCCCGGCGACACGGCCGGCGAUGCGGCCCACGCCAGAGGCGACGCCGCCUCGAUCCAGCCUGCACCAGAGGUCCGUGUCGACGUCGACCACGGAGCACACAACAGAAAACCCUCUUCCGACGGAUGUCUGGACAUUGGCGAGUUGGUACUCAUCAAGAAGGUGCAGAACACCAAGUACAAGCAGGAGCUGCCGCGUUUCCCCGAGCAUGAGCACGACUUCCUCAGAGCGAUAACAGUGAACGACCUCGUCAUAUUCACUACCGAGUCUGCGGACCAGCUCGCCGACGCAGACACCGCAAACAUCCAAAACGACGACGGCAGAGCCACUCUGCUCGACUGCGACAUGGCCCGAGAGGUGUAUCGGGAGUGCCAGCUCCGCGGAACCCCCUGGGCGUCCACCCGCCGGCGGCUUCUGGCGGUCUGCGUGCCGUACUCCGCUCCUGUGUAACCUGUUUAUCCCGUAGCAGCACAACGAACGAUCACCACGACCCCUCUGCUUCCGUCUGUCCCUUUUCACAAUCUUUGUGGUCUUCACGGUCUUCGGCCCCGUUCCACACGGCGGCGCCCGAACGGGCUGCGAAAACCUUCUGCGCAGAGCGUUCGCGUCGUCGUGAAUGUUGUUGUCGUCACAG